CGCAGCGGUUACCCACGUUUCGUGGGCGGAUGCCGGCCGAGGCAAUCGUCGCGUGUCGGACAUGCCGCGCCGCGUGUCCGCCGACCUUCAAGUUCUGCGACCAGUGCGGCGCCAGGCUUGUGGUGCGAAAAGCCAAGUCCAAAACGUCUAAGAAGAAGCGCGCCACGCCGACCGCACCCGAGGUACCAACGGCCGAGACUGGCUGGUUCUGGGGCGCGACAGCGACACUGCCGCGCCUCGUGCACGCCAAGCCCGCACCAGAGCCACCGACGAACCAAGAAACGUGCGUCAAAGUGAGGGCACUAGCAGCCAAAGUGACGGCAACACCAACCAAGACAAGGCCCCCAGAAGGCCCGUCGACGGCGCCACCGCUCUUGUGGGGCACCUGCUUUGCCAAAGCCCAGGCCGAAUACCGCGCGACCGAAGCGCUUCUUGUUGCAGAGAUUGCGGCGGACACCAAGAUCAUUGCGCACAUGGCGGCCCAAGCCCAAGCCCAUGCGUUCAAGAACGACGAGACCUUCCGGUUUGCGUGCCGGACCAAGCGCGAGCUCGAACGCAAGGUGCACGAGCACAGUGCCAGCCUCGCGCGCGUCCGACGGGACCUCGCAGCACUCGCCGCCAACGAAGACAACUUGUCUGUCGUGCAAAAGACCAUUGGUGCGCAGCGAGCAGCCGAGACGCAGCUCUGGGCGUCGCGCGACGCCGACGCGCGGCGGGUUCAGCGCUGGUGGCGACACGCCCACGCCCGCCGCGUCCAGCAGCACCGCACUUCGAUUCGCAUCUACCGCGGGUACCUCCACUACCGCUACACGGCGCGCGUCCAUCAAAUCUUUGGCUGUACGCUCUACUUUCGUCUCGACCGCGCCGACAAGGCGCGCAAAGCCCGGCUCGAAGUGGUGGCGUUCGCCACGCAGUUUCAAUCGCCAUUUGACUUUCACUUUCAGUUUGAGAAUCCCCACGCGGUCGUCGCGGCUGCGCGCCGGCUCCAGCGCUACGUCCGGCACCGGCGGACACGCCACGGCUUUUGGCAGCUUCUGCUGCAGCGCGCGCGCCUGCUCGUGCUCGCCGCCCGGACGCAAGCCGAGGCCGCGGCGCGCCAUGACGCGGUCGUUCGCAUCCAAGCGGCCAUGCGCCGCAAGCAGGCGCGGCGCCACGUCGUGCGGCGCAUUGCACUGCGGUACGAAAAGUGCAUGGACGCCACCACCUUGCAGCCGUUCUACGUGGACCGCGUCGCGGGCGUGAGCUCGUGGACCAAGCCCCGAGUGCUCUACGAGCGGGACCUCGAGGUCGUUGCCAAUGGCACGACCAUGGCCCGCGAGCACAUUGACGCGUGGCUGCGCCUCGAGACGCCGCGCCGGCAGCGGAUCGCCGCUGAGAAGAUCCAGGCACGCGUCCGCGCCUUUCUCGCACGGCGUCGGCUGCAAGCGCUCGUUGCCUCCAUGUACGAAAAGCACGUCGACCCGAGUAGUGGCGCGAGCUUCUAUUACAACACGGCAACGGGCGCGACCUCCUGGACGCGGCCCAAGCUCUUGGCCAUCGAGAUCCUCGAUGGGCCAUUGGCAGUCGCCGCACCCACCGACGUGGUACGCGACACGCCCGCACCAGAGUUCGCCGGCAAAAGCCCAAAAAAAUCCCAAGCGCUGUAUGCUGUGGCCACGCCCCGUCGCCGCGAGCUGGCAGCGCAGACGCUUCAGUGCUUUGUCCGCGUGUGCGCCGCCAAGGCGCAACGCAUGGCACGUACGGCUGCCAUCUACAUCAAGUGCGUCGACGACGAGACCCAGCGGUGCUUUUACUUUAAUCGGGCCACGGGCGUCAGUCAGUGGACCAAGCCAUUGGGGCUUGGCGCCACUGACUUGCCGACAACACGUCGGGGUGCAAGUCCUCGACCGACGACAACGAAAGCAAGGUACGAGGGACUCGACACGCCCCGUCGAAGGGUUGUUGCCGCCACGACCAUCCAAGCGCGGUACCGCACCAAGCGCGCCCGUGAUGGCCUUCGGCAGCUGCUUGCGAAAGCGAUUCGCAAGUGCUACGACACCGACUCGCGCCAGUACUUUUACUACAACGAAAAGUCGGGGCUGAGCUCGUGGUCGAAACCUCGGCUACUGGUCAACGACGUCAAGGCAGCUUUGGCCCGUCUCCCGACACCGCGCCGGCGCGACGCAGCAGCGACCAAGCUCCAGAGCAUGUACCGCACGCGCGUGGCGCGGACCCGCCUCCGCACCAUGAUUGCCGCUACAUACCAGCGGCACCUCGACGCCGACUCGCAAACUUACUAUUACUACAACACGAUGACGGGCCAGAGUCAAUGGACAAAGCCGAGAGGCCUCGGCGCCUCCGAACUGGGCCCGAUCGGCAGCGGCCACAUGGACGCUCUGCGUACACUGCCCACGCCCCGGCGCCACGACGUAGCCGCCAUGCGUAUCCAGGGGAUGUACCGCUGCCACGUGGCUCGAGCAGCCGCGGCCGCCGCCGCCCACGACGUGUACGAGGCGUGCGUCGACGCCGACUCGGGCGCGCCCUACUACUUCAACCGCCGCAGUGGCGUGAGCUCGUGGACUCGGCCACGCUGGCUCGUACUAUGAGAUAUGUGAAAUAAAGACUCGAGUCGCGUUGAGGUGACAUGUACAACAAACGUCGCUUUCGAU